AUGGCAUCUUUGGACUCUGGAUCUCCAUCCACUGAAGCAGUCGAUAGCAGUCCAGCAAAAAAGGGCCGCAUACAAGCUUGCGACCGAUGUCGUGUGCGGAAACGAAAGUGCAACGGCGCUCGCCCUACUUGCAACAACUGUGAAAAGGCUCGGGAUCGAGGGAUUCUCGACGUUGAGUGCACCUAUGCCGAAAAGAAAAAGCGACCACGGAGGCAGCUGCGAGACGUGCUGAUUGAGCGACUAGAAGCACUAGAGGCGCUAUUACGGCCACUGCAGGAGGGAGGCGCUGCCCCUUCUGCCAGCACUGCUGCAGCUGCACGGGCCGAAAUGGCUGGCAUUAUGCAGGGGUUGAGUAGUGGCCGAAAAGCUGAUGCAGUGGAGGACGCAGAAGAGAGCGGAGACGAGCAGGACGAGGACGAAGACGAGAAUGAUGGUGAGGAGUCAUGGAUGGACUGGCAGGAGGGUCAGCGACAAAUUGUGGGUACACAACAACAAGCUAUUACCAUGACAGCGGCAGUCGCCGCUGGAAACCCAACAUACUCCUCACCGCCUCCAUCGGAUCCUCCUGCGUCAGACGACGACCUGUCCGAAGGUUCACCCGCCAUGCCCAUCACCUACAUGCUCGGUAACGAAGUACCAGUGUUUGACGCAGUAUCAUGGCCAUCCCUCGUACCUCCCCAUCUUCCUCUCGGGUCUGCCGAGAUGACGUACGCAAUCGAUCCUCAAACGUUUCUGACGGCAAUCCAUCCAUCAACUCCCAUCCCACAAUCUAUGCAGACAACUGUACCACUAGAACUACCGCAUCUCUUCACCCAUCUCAUCGCCCUUUACUUUGCUUUCAUCAAUACCUGUAUGCCUCUAUUUGACGAGGCUUACUUCUUUUCCAAUCUCAUCCCAACGAACCGGCACUCCCCAGCGCUGCUAUACGCAAUCUAUGCAUACGGAUGCUUGCAUUCACGACAUCCAGCCUUGUACCAGGAACCGUACCGUAAUCCGAGGACUGCAUCGGAACUCUUCCACGCUGAAGCUACAAAGGCAUUGGAAGGGGUAACUGAUACCAUAACCCGGUUACAAGUGCUGAUUAUGUUGGGCAAAUGGAGUUUUGGAAUGAACCAGCCUGCUAAGGCUCUCCAGUACUUUUCAUCUGCUAUUCAGGCUACGGAAAGGGCGAGGCUUGGUUUCGCCGGUGGACACGAGGCGAACCGCUUACUCUCGCUCUGGGGAGCCCCCACUUCUUGUGAUCCCCGUCAUACACUUUUGACAUUACGCAUCACUUGGAUGUUUUGCUUCACGGCGGACACAAUGACUUCAAUGGCCGCCGAGUUGAAUCCAGCCAUGGAAGAGUCCAACUAUACACAUAUUUUGGCCGAAGCGGUGGACUCUUCACGGGCUAGUCUUGUUUCGCUGCCUGCAACAUCAUCCCCGGAAUUGGAAGAUAAAGGUCUUUGGCGCCAACUACUUCAUGGCCAUCCCAGUUACACGAUUCAUGAUUUUCGACCCAAUGCCUGGACGCCGUCGCUCGAGCUACUGGAGACUCACUGCGAUAGAACGAAACCAUGGUUCUUACAAUUGCAAUUCUUGCUACGGCGCAUUCAGCGAUUUUCACGCGACGUACCCUUUGACACUCGUCGAUACGAAGGGACUUCCGCGAGUUUGGUCUUCUCUGUGUUGCCAAAACCGAGUGGAUGUAGUGCUCAGGAGAGAGAACAAGAGAGAAUUCGUCUGCACAACGUGCUGGUGGAAUGGUGGAGCACUUUGCCACCGGAAGAGCGUUCAUUUGAUAGUUUGGAAGUAUUCAGGGACGGGAGAUUACCUCCGCUGCCAAGUGUCGCGCAGCUGGCCAGCUUUCAAUAUGCUAUGAUGAAUGCGUUUUAUAUCGCGGCCUUUGCGCUUGUGCAUCAUCGGGAGGGAGUGGAUUUGGAGAUGGACGUUACCGGAACUGCUGGCUACCGUACCUGUGUUACCUUGUCAAACGUACCUUUGGCAACGUCCGCCGAGAUUCUAAUGCUGACGAUGCGGGCAAAAGCAUUCCUCAUCCGAGCGAUUUAUGCUAUGAAUGGAUUCACUACUAUUCCCCCUACGCCCUCACGAUCUCCAGCGGAAGAGUUUAGCCCCGCGUCGCCUGCACCACCUCUUCUGUUCAUACAGAAUCCUGUGACAUGCUAUACAGUAUGGCUUGUCGGUGCCGCAUUCCUUGCCUUCGUGUCAAGAGUCCGCCAAAACGGAAUAAUUCCCCGUUCGGCGCUGCGCGAUCCUCUAAUACAGGAAGGUCUGGAUAUUAUCACUACGGUGUAUUUACCAAUGCUGGAAAGCGGAAGACGCAUUUGGACGAUAAUGGACCUUUAUGCAAACAAGUUGAAGCAACUACUGGAAAAGGUGGAGCGCGGAGAAGUUGUCGGAAUUAGACAAUGGUCUGGAGCUCGUGCCAGUGAGUUAUUGGACAUAUCUAAUGAGCUUAAUAGUUCAUUACGGCUAUGA